CAACAAUUUUUCAUCUCUAGGAAAAUCCCACCUUCUAAAAUGGUUUACGCUUUAAGUGAAAAACACAGACAAUUGACCGAAAGCUCGUUGGCUUCCUAUGAUCCAGAAGUUGAUGCUAUCAUCAAGGAUGAAAUUGAAAGACAAAAACACUCCAUCGUUUUGAUCGCCUCUGAAAACUUCACCACUAAAUCUGUUUUUGAUGCAUUGGGAACUCCGAUGUGUAACAAAUACAGUGAAGGUUAUCCAGGUGCUAGAUACUAUGGUGGUAACGAACAUAUCGACAGGAUGGAAAUCUUGUGUCAAGAAAGAGCUUUAAAAGCUUUCAACUUGACAAGUGAUAAGUGGGGUGUUAAUGUACAGACUUUAUCUGGAUCACCUGCUAACUUACAAGUUUACCAAGCGUUGAUGAAGCCUCACGAGAGAUUGAUGGGCUUGGACUUGCCUCAUGGUGGCCACUUGUCUCAUGGUUACCAAACAGACGCCAGAAAGAUUUCUGCCGUCUCUACCUACUUCGAAACCAUGCCUUACAGGGUCGAUUUGGAAACUGGCAUUAUUGACUACGACAUGUUGGAAAAAACAGCUUUAUUAUACAGACCAAAAAUUUUGGUGGCUGGUACUUCAGCUUAUUGUCGAUUGAUUGACUACAAAAAGAUGAGAGAAAUUGCUGACAAGGUUGGUGCUUACUUGGUUGUGGACAUGGCUCACAUUUCAGGUUUAAUCGCUGCUGGAGUCAUCCCCUCUCCCUUCGAGUACGCUGACGUUGUUACUACCACUACUCAUAAAUCUUUGAGAGGCCCAAGAGGUGCUAUGAUCUUCUUCAGAAGAGGAGUUAGAUCUGUCAACCCCAAGACUGGUGAGGAAAUCUUAUAUGACUUAGAAAACCCAAUCAAUUUCUCUGUUUUUCCUGGUCACCAAGGUGGUCCACACAACCACACUAUUUCUGCUUUAGCCACUGCUUUGAAACAGGCUGCUGCCCCAGAGUUUAAGGAAUACCAAUUACAGGUGUUGAAGAAUGCUAAAAUAUUAGAGCAAGAAUUUUUGUCUCGCGGCUACAACUUAGUUAGUAAUGGUACUGACUCUCAUAUGGUUUUGGUGUCUUUGAAAGAUAAGAAGAUGGAUGGUGCUAGGGUUGAAACUAUCUGCGAAAAUAUCAACAUUGCUUUGAAUAAGAACUCCAUCCCAGGUGAUAAGUCUGCUUUAGUUCCAGGUGGUAUCAGAAUUGGAGCUCCAGCAAUGACGACCAGAGGAUUGGGUGAAGAAGACUUCAAGAAGAUUGUUAGUUACAUUGACCAAGCCGUUAUUAUCGCCAAAGAGAUUCAAGACAGUUUGCCAAAGAGCGCUAACAGGUUGAGAGACUUCAAAGCUGCUGUUGUUCAAGGUAGUGAACAGAUCUCGAGCUUGAAACAAGAAAUUAGUGCUUGGGCCGGUGAAUUUCCAUUAGCCACUUAAGCGGUUUCUUCAAAAAUAAUUCAUUAAUUAACUUAAUGAAUAUUAUGACUAAUGAUUUCGCAGGUUACGAUUACUCAACUAUUCGUAGUUCAAAUCGUUAUUAAUAAGUAGUUUUUCCGUAUAUACAUAUGUUUAUAUUUGUCUUCGUAACGAGAAAUACAGGUGUUAUUACUUACAAAAGACCAACCUUCUUGAACUCAUUUUCAGUGAUACCUUCAGCUUCCCACCUUUUCAAGUCUUGUUCGUCGAACCUUUGCCCCUUCAAAUAUAUAGUAGGAACCCACUUACGUCCAGCAAGUUCUGUUAUAGCGCUUUCCAAUUUCGAAGCUUCUGCUUGGUCCUCAAACUUAUCCAAUUCGAUAAUAUGGACUUUGGAUUUCACAUGAUAUUUGUCCCAAAUUCUGUAAGUAUACUGACAGUCUCCACACCAAGUCUUGGAAACCAUAAGGAAAUCGUUUUUGGAGAUGAGCUCUUUAGCUCUUUUCAAGUAGUCUGGCAUUUGAGGAUAAAUU